AUGUUAAUGAUGAAGGAAGCUAAAAAUGAAGACGAAGCUUAUGAUUUGUAUAAUGAAUAUGCUUUUAGUAAAGGUUUUGGUAUUAGGGUUGGGAAAGGUCGGAAACGUCAAAACAGUGAACUUUAUACUAUGAAACGGUUCUUGUGUAGCUGCGAAGGGGUUAAAGAUGAAAAAAGAAAGAGAACAAGGUCUUAUGCUAGAUUGGAUACGCGUACUGGGUGUACUGUUUUUGUUCUGUUUUCUAUUGGUAAGGAUGGUGUGUGGACGGUUGUGAAUCAUAAUAUGAUUCAUAAUCAUGCUAUGGUUCCUCUAAAUAAGAGGCAUUUGAUAAGAUCACAAAGGAAGGUUAGUAUGGAGGCUCUUUACUUUAUGUCUACUUUAAAAGCUAGUGGUGUUAAAGUGUCUGAUACCUUGAGGGUUUUGAGGAAAGAAGUAGGCGGAUCUCCUAUGGUUGGUUUUACAGCUAGUGAUGCUUAUAAUGCUUUAUCACGUGCAAAAGCUAAUAAACUUGAAGGUCAUGACUUUCAUCAGUUAAUCAAGUAUUUUGUUCAGAGAAAUUCCAGUGAAGAAGGUUUUUAUUAUGACUUUGAGCUUAGUGAAGAAGAUGGACUUUUAAGUUUCUUUUGGCGUGAUGGUAGGAUGAAGAGAUAUUAUGAUUAUUUUGGGGAUUUAUUGGUUUUUGAUACUACUUAUAGGACCAAUAAAUAUGAUAUGAUUUGUGCUCCUUUUGUUGGUAUGAACCAUCAUGCUAAUAAUGUUAUGUUUGGAAUGGGUUUUGUUAUCAAUGAAAAAACAGAAUCUUUUAAUUGGCUUUUUCAAACUUACCUUACAUCAAUGGGUGGAAAUCCUCCAAUAACCAUUAUGACAGACCAAGCUCCAUCCAUUGCUGUUGGGAUAAGGAAUAUUUUUCCAGAUGCUAGACAUAGAUUAUGUACGUGGCAUAUUGGGGAGAAUUCAAAGAAGCAUAUUGGGCAGUAUAGAGCUUUAGAUGGUUUUUCUGACAUAUUCAAUUAUCUUCUGAAGUAUUGUGAAACUGCUGCUGAAUUUGAAUAUCAUUGGCCAAGAAUGUUGACUCACUAUAAAUGCGUUGAAAAUCCAUGGUUGAAGAAUUUAUAUACAAUCAGAGAGAUGUGGUGUCCUGCUUAUUCUAAGAACUAUUGGUCUGGUGGUGUGUUAUCAUCACAGCGUUGUGAAACUACCAACAAGUCAGUUUCCAAUCGACUUGAUAAGACACAAGGCUUAUGUGAUUUUUAUCAUGUUUUUUCUGCAAAUUCAGCUUAA